AUGAGCAUUAUGCUCAAGUCAGAGCUGAAGAAUUCCUCGAAAGUGAUUGCGCAGCUGACGGGCAAGCCUGCCCCCAAACUGCAGGUUUUGUUGAGAGAAUUGUAUCAGGUCUGGAGUGCCAACCCUGCCUUUUUGUCCAUCAUUGCAUGCAGUCCCACUUUGAAUGGAGACAUUCCAGCAGAGUUCAAUGCCAACAAUGUGCAGAUUGGAGCGCUGAUGCCAACGCCUCAGCAACAGCAAGGGAGCGAGUUUGGCGGAGAGCAGGAAAAAACUCCUAGAGGAUUUCCUCGCCGCAGGGAGUGCACCAGUCUACUUUGGCUACGGCUCGCUCAUUUGUGGUUCAUCCAAGUUCAUGCCGACAUUCUUGGGGAACCAGACGCUGAGGAGCUCAAAGCCUACUGUGCGGAGAAGGUCUUGUUCAUGAAGACAGUCAUUACGCCCAUCAUCGUGGAUCAGUAUGAUCAUUCAGACUUGCUGAAUCAGAUGGGCUUCGGUGUUGGUCUGAAGAUGAUGUCCAAGCUCAAGCCCGACGACUUGGCAGGGGCCAUCCAACAGUGCAUCCACUCAGAGUCCAUCAAAGAAAAAGCUAAAGCAGUGGCUCAAGGAAUGGAAAAGGAAGAUGGCCAGAGCCGCCUGGUUGAAGUCGUCAAUGAUUACUUUGAGAGCCACAUCAAAACGGGGCGGCAUGCAGCGAUCAAAGCCAAGCUUGAUCAGCAGCGAAGUGGCUGUUGUGCAUGCAUGGGAUCAUUAUGCUGCAAGAAACCACAACAGACUGAGACCUACUAG